GUGGGGAGACAAAUGGUGUUACACACGCAGAAGGAAGUACAACGUUUACACCACGACAGACAGACGCUCCCAAAUGCUGACACCGGCACUCUAGUUAUUGGUAUUAUUGUUAUUUUUGGGAUGGAUGUGGCCACUUUUAAUUCAAGUGUGAAAACGCUACCUUGGAGGUGAGCCAGGUUGUCAUGGUGAUAUUGCUGGGAUGGCAGCAGGCGGCGGCGGACGUCAGGAGGAGCGGCGCAGUAGCGAUGCCUGGUGAAGAUGCCAGUUCGGGGGCUCAGGCCUCCCCACUGGUGGGGUAUUUGGGAAAAGUCCAAGAGAGGGCAGCGUCUCUCGACUGCUGUCCGUGGUGUGCGUCCAAAGGUCUGAGCUCGUCCCUGCGCUUGUACCGCCUCAACCUGCAUGAAUCCAUCACGCUGUGCACCGAGCCUCAGUGCCUCUUCCCUCUGGUCAGUCGCCCCCUGGAGGAUGUUUUGGCCAGUUUGGUCCCUGCGGAGACGGCGGCUGCCGGCAGGAAGAGAAAGACUUUGCCGCAGCCCGACGAAGAUGACUACGAGCCAAUCAAAGUCAAGCGUUUGCGCUCUGACCAACUCCAUGCGGAUGCAGGAAGUGGUGUUCUAAACGGCCAUUACGACGCCACAAUAACUCGUGUCCAACAAUCCAAUGGGAAGUCUUGUCCACUCCAGGAUGGCGUUUCCAAUCAGUCGGCAACUUGUACUGGACCUACACGCUGUCCAUCGUUUUCUGUUGCACUGCAGAUAGACGAAGACGUUGGCUAUUCCGACCAACUCGGAAGUGCUCCUGGUGAACUUGUCAGCAUUCCCUAUCGACCCGGAAAUGAAUCUGAAGAACCCGUCGACGCUCCCGAGGAACCCGUCGACGCUCCCGAGGAACCCGUCGACGCUCCAGAGGAAACCCUCGUCGGUCCUGUCACUGCUCCCCAGGAACCCGUCGCCGCUCCCAGCGAACCCAUCAACACUCCCGUCGCCGCUCCUGACAAAACCGUUGCCAAUCCUGUCACCGCUCCCGAGGAGCUCAUCGCCGAACCCGUUGAAGAUUCCGACUUUGUCGACGCGCCAGUAAAGCCCGGCGUCGGUGCACCAGCGCAGCUCUUCUGGAAGAAUGCUCACAACCUGUGCUGGUUGGACGUCCUGCUGGUGCUUCUGGUCAACUGCGGGAGCUUGAGGAAACGCAAACCCCAGCACGAGCCUCUGCGCGCCGCCGUCUGGCGCCUGCUGAGCGGCUACGAUGGCGCCCGCGACACCCUCCGAGCGGGAAGCGGUGGCGACGCGAGGGCUCCGCGGGAGGCCGACGAGCGCCUGCAGCAGCUGAGGGCGGCCGUCUUUGAGCUGCUUCAGCCGCGGCUGCGCUGCAAACUUGGUCAGAAGGAGAGUCCGGUGUUCGCCAUGCCGCUCCUGCUGGCGGCCGACUCGUGGGCGGAGCCGCUCUUCCGGACCACCUUCCGCUGGGAGUUUAAGUGCUCCAAGUGCGAGACGGUCACCGGAGAAAGGGUCACCAAAACGCUUCCCACCUUCACCAACGUGCUGCCAGACUGGCAUCCGAUGCGCGCCACCCACUUGGCGCUAUGCAACGCGUGCGGCGCCCAGCACCAGCACAGGAGGAUGACACUGGAGAGGGUGCCUCCGGUGUUGGCGAUGCACUUCGUGGCGGGUCUCCCGCACGGCGACGUCGAGGCGCUGGCCUUCACCUGGGCGGGCCGCAGACACACGGUCACGGCGCUCGUCCAAUACGACCGGCACGCCAAGCACUUCGUGGCGUGGACGCGCACGCCCGAUGGCUCCUGGCUGGAAUUUGACGACUUGAAGCACCCCGAGAGCGCGCUCCACCCCACGCUGGCCGUUCCCUCUCGGGAAAUGCACCUCCUCUUCUGGGAAGCGGAAGAGGAUUCUCCCGGCUCUGGAGCGUGUUCCCCGUCUAGCACGCGACCGGAUUCACAGUCCCCCCGUCGCAUAGCCUCGGACCGGCACCUGAGCGACGAGGCUUCGGAGGAGUCGUCGCUCUUCCUCGCUCUCGACGAAGAGGAGAACGCCACGACGACGGACGCUCGUGGGGACGUGUCCGUUGGCUCCACCACGCUGCUGGACACCUUCCAUGGGCUGUCCCACGACGACAUCAUCACGCUCACCUUGAUGGAGGUCCAAGCUGACGCGGCGACGGAUCACGAGGCGCUUCUGGACUGCGUUCCCGCGCCCGAUAGCUCCUCCCUGACCCCCGAUGACCCCGACGAGGCGACGCCGGGCUCUGCCGAGUCCGACGUCGACGACGCCGACAAAGAUCCCGAUUUUGAACCCGGUUCGGAACAAGCGCCGAAGAGAAGCAAAAGGAUCUCCGCAGUCAGACGACGAUCAGCUAGAAAGACGGCCGGGACGAAAGCGGCGCCGCCGCAGGAAUUGGACACUCAAGAUGGCUGCGCAAACGCUCAAGAUUUUCAUCCGCCGCCUCCAAGUGUCCAGACGGCGUUGCCCGUUUCCUCCGCCGGGCCGCCGCCUUUGGACCAGAAGUCUCGCUGGUCCUACAUGCUGAGCCAGCUUCCUGUCAGUCAAAGGCCAACCAGCACCGAGCCGCCCCCUGCGCCCGUCAAUCAACUCAAACCCCCCCCGAGUCAUUCCACGCCCGUUCCCGCCAGGAGGCCGCCGGACCCCGCGCCGCUCUUCCUCAAACCUCAGCUGCUGCGCACGGACGACGGCCUCCCGUUGAAGUCCGCCGAGAGGUUCGGCGCAUUCGGUGCCGCCGUCCAAAUUCUGCCGCCGCCGCCGCCUCCCAAGUGCAGUCGCGGCAGUGAUAUCUGUGCAGAGUCUGCGGGGUCGUGGGCCCCGCCGCCGGCCGUCCCGAGCGCCACGGAGGCGCUGCGCCGCAAGCUGCUGAAGAAGCUGAAGGCCAAGAAGAAGAAGCUGGCCAAGCUCAACCAGCUGUUAGCCGGCGCGGCCCCCGUCUCGCCCGUCAGCGUCACCUCAUCCUCCACCUGCGACAGCUUCUUGCCGUCCGACCCGCCGCUCCCCUCGCCCGACAGCUCGGGCUUCCUCGACGUGCUCGCCGGCCGACGAGACGGGACCCCCGCCGCGCAGCCGCAAAUGGAAAACUUCCUGGACGAGUUUCUGUCGACGUCGGAGACGACGGAGGCUCAGCGAGCCAUGGAGAACGAGGCGCUCCGAGAACUGGAACUUUUUCUUUUAUAGCGCCACGGAUUUCCCGUGCAGGUGAGUCCAUCUCAAUCAAUCUCAAUGUUGAAUUUGUUGCGUGACUACGCUUGUAACGCAAAAUGCCUGCGUCUCAAAUUCUCUCUCUCCAUUGAAAUGAAGGGAAAUACCAGUAGGUCCUCCCAGCCUUCCCUACAAAACAAAAGCAAGAAACAUUUUGGAAAUGUUUUUAAUGGUCAAAUAGCACUCUAUAGUACUGAACUUUAUAAAAACAUACAGACGUAAUUCAGUCAAAUGUAAAGAAUGAAAGCAUUUUUGCUUCCAAACAACGGACACUGUACUGCUCCUGGUGUGUGCGCCUCGGCCACCUGGGGGCAGUAUACGACAGACAUGGAGAUGUCACGGCUCCUCAGUACGCAGCACGUUUUGUAGUCAUUUUUCAUAGAGGAUAAAGAAUGUAUGCCUGUGAGAAUUUAUGAUAUCUGUCUGCAUUUGUGGCGCCACCGUCCGUUGCUUCAAAGUUUAGAAUGCAGCGACAGCUCGAUGCCCUUUCCGAUUUUGUAUUAGCAUUAAGCUAGCGGAAGGCAAAGCUGUGCGGUUGUUUUAAAUGCACAGCGUUUAAAUCCGUUUUAUGCUUGGUAAACGUCAACAGGGAGCGGCAAUAAAAGGCUUGAAGAAUCGUUGACUUCUGCCAAACUGCGACUUGUUGCGAAGUGAGUUGUUUGCUGCCGCUUGUCUAAUCUACAGAAUGACUCGUUUUAAUGAAGCUCAUGCUUUUCUAGCAUAUUCUAAUUCAUUGAGAUGCACCUUGUAUGUUGAUAUGACUUUACACGGAACUUCUUCUCUUGGAAUUGCCUCCGUUAGUGUGCAGUACAUGUAUACUGUAAAUUGUUUUACAUGAUGCUUAUCAUUUUUACAUGCCAAUCCAGAGCAUUUGUUUGUUUUGUUUUGUUAUAAGAGCCUGAAUGACUACGUUAAACAUUAACACACAUUUUGUUAACUUUGGUUCAUCAUGGUGGGGAGAUCAAAUAUGUUCAGUUUAAUUUAUUUUGUAACAGUAAAGCACUUCUUGGCCUCGGCGUUCGUUUCAGGGGUUAUGUUUUGUAUAUAUUAAAUGUGUAUAUAGUUACCACAUUGUGAAAUGUAGAUGCAGCAUAAUGGUUUUCUGAUUAAAGAGCACUACUGUUUUCAUGUA